ACCCCGGCGGGAGGCGCGGGUGGCGGCCGCGGGGGCUGGCGGCGGCAUCCCCAGUGCUGCCCCUGUGCGGCGCCCCUUCCCAGCUCCGCCGCGCACUGUUGUCAUGGAGGAACCAAGAUGGCGGCUCUGGCCUACAACCUGGGCAAGCGGGAGAUCAACCACUACUUCAGCGUGAGGAGCGCCAAGGUGCUGGCGCUGGUGGCCGUGCUGCUGCUCGCAGCGUGCCACGUCGCCUCCCGCCGCUACCGAGGCAAUGAUUCAUGUGAAUACCUACUCUCAAGUGGCAGAUUUCUUGGAGAGAGAGUUUGGCAACCUCACAGUUGUAUGAUGCAUAAAUACAAAAUUAGUGAAGCAAAGAACUGCCUUGUAGAUAAACAUAUUGCAUUUAUUGGAGAUUCCAGAAUUCGUCAAUUGUUUUAUUCUUUUGUAAAAAUAAUUAAUCCCCAAUUCAAAGAAGAAGGAAAUAAGCAUGAAAACAUUCCUUUUGAAGACAAGAUUGCAUCUGUUAAAGUGGAUUUUCUGUGGCAUCCAGAAGUUAAUGGUUCUAUGAAACAAUGUAUCAAAGUGUGGACUGAGGAUUCUGUUGCAAAGCCCCAUGUGAUUGUAGCAGGAGCUGCCACAUGGUCCAUCAAGAUUCACAAUGGUAGCAACGAAGCGCUUUCUCAAUAUAAAAUGAACAUUACCUCCAUAGCACCACUUUUAGAAAAAUUGGCAAAGACUAGUGAUGUUUAUUGGGUCUUACAAGAUCCCGUUUAUGAAGAUCUAUUAAGUGAAAAUAGGAAGAUGAUCACUAAUGAGAAGAUAGAUGCCUAUAAUGAAGCUGCAGUCAGUAUUUUGAAUAGUAGCACCAAAAAUUCUAAAUCAAAUGUUAAGAUGUUCAGUGUUUCCAAAUUAAUUGCUCAAGAAACAAUCAUGGAGUCUUUGGAUGGCUUACAUCUUCCUGAAUCAAGCAGAGAAACUAGUGCAAUGAUUCUUAUGAACGUGUAUUGCAAUAAGAUUUUGAAGCCUGUAGAUGGUUCCUGUUGUCAACCUCGGCCUCCUCUUACUCUCAUACAGAAGCUAGCUGCUCUUUUUUUCACUUUAUCUAUUAUUGGAUAUUUAAUUUUUUAUAUAAUUCAUCGUAAUGCUCAUCGGAAGAAUAAGCCAUGUACUGAUUUGGAAAGUGGAGAGGAGAAGAAAAAUAUUGUCAGUAGUCCUGUGUCUCCAUUAGAAAUACUUUUACAGUCUUUCUGCAAACUUGGCCUGAUUAUGGCUUAUUUCUAUAUGUGUGACCGUGCAAAUCUGUUUAUGAAAGAAAACAAAUUUUAUACACAUUCAUCUUUCUUUAUUCCAAUUAUCUACAUCUUGGUUUUGGGAGUAUUUUACAAUGAAAAUACUAAAGAGACUAAAGUAUUAAAUAGAGAACAAACAGAUGAAUGGAAAGGCUGGAUGCAACUUGUGAUUUUGAUUUAUCAUAUCUCUGGAGCAAGUACAUUUUUGCCUGUAUAUAUGCACAUUCGAGUUCUGGUUGCUGCAUAUCUCUUUCAGACAGGGUAUGGGCAUUUCUCAUACUUUUGGAUCAAAGGAGACUUUGGAAUUCAUAGAGUAUGUCAGGUCUUAUUUCGUCUCAAUUUCCUGGUAGUGGUGUUAUGUAUAGUAAUGGAUCGGCCUUAUCAAUUCUAUUACUUUGUCCCUUUGGUCACUGUAUGGUUCAUGGUCAUCUAUGUUACUUUAGCACUAUGGCCACAAAUAAUCCAAAAAAAAGCAAAUGGAAAUUGUUUCUGGCAUUUUGGCUUACUGUUGAAACUAGCUUUUUUGCUGUUAUGCAUAUGUUUUUUGGCAUAUUCUCAGGGUGCAUUUGAGAAGAUAUUUUCUCUUUGGCCAUUGUCUAAGUGUUUUGAACUGAAAGGAAAUGUAUAUGAAUGGUGGUUCAGAUGGAGGUUAGACCGUUACGUAGUCUUUCAUGGAAUGCUGUUUGCUUUCAUCUAUCUGGCUUUACAGAAGCGUCAAGUACUUUCUGAAGGAAAGGGUGAACCUCUUUUUUCGAACAAAAUUUCGAAUUUUCUAUUGUUUAUUUCAGUAGUUUCUUUCUUGACCUAUUCCAUCUGGGCUAGCAGUUGUAAAAACAAAGCAGAGUGCAAUGAACUCCACCCGUCUGUUUCUGUGGUACAGAUUUUAGCCUUCAUCCUAAUAAGGAACAUCCCUGGAUAUGCUCGUUCAGUUUACAGUUCAUUUUUUGCUUGGUUUGGAAAAAUUUCAUUAGAGCUAUUUAUUUGCCAAUAUCACAUAUGGCUGGCAGCGGACACAAAGGGUAUCUUGGUACUCAUACCUGGAAACCCUAUGCUCAACAUCAUUGUCAGCACUUUUAUAUUUGUUUGUGUGGCACAUGAAAUUUCUCAGAUCACUAAUGAUCUUGCCCAGAUUAUUAUUCCUAAAGAUAACUCAUCUCUCUUGAAAAGGUUGGUAUGUAUAGCUACAUUUUUUUGUGGACUCCUCAUCUUAUCAUCUAUUCAAGAUAAAUCAAGACAUUAAGUUCCUAAAAUCCUAAAAAACUUAAAUGCUUCAGGCUUACUUUUUGUCUGCCUAGAGGACAAAAGCAUCUAUCUGGCGAUAUAAAUGUACAUGUAAAUAUAAACAUGUGGCAAGAGGACAGUUCAGUGAUGUCUGUGGAACAUAUAUGGUUGUAUAUAUUGGAAAUGUACAUAUCCAAUGUGAAAUACUAAAAAAUAAUUGAUGAACCAGAAUGCAUUGUAUAGGACUGCAUGUGAAAAGUCUUUUCUACUGUAUCUAUAUUUCCGUUUAUAAAUGAUUUUAAGUUAACAUAUGAAGGCAGGGAAAUGAUUACCUUUCCAGUAAAAAGUAUAGAUAAUUUAAUUAGCUUAGUGACACCACUGAGUGUUUUGAUAUUACUAAAUUUGUGGUAAUAAAACUGUCUGCUUCUA